UCCCAAUCCUCAUCAUCGUCUGCCGAUAGCAGUUCUAGUGUAGUUCAAGCAUUCUCUCCAGCACUUUCUCGGCUUCAGUCUCGCGUGUUCGCCGGUGAUCAUCCCCGACGGCCAUGUCGCUCGUCCCGAGCUGGUUCGGCGGCCGCCGCAGCAACGUCUUCGACCCUUUCUCCCUCGACGUCUGGGACCCCUUCAGGGACUUUCCCUUCCCUUCCUCCUCCCUCACCGCCGCUAACUUCCCCCAGACGUUCCGGGAGAACGCCGCCUUCGUGAACACGAGGAUCGACUGGAAGGAGACCCCGGAGGCCCACGUGUUCCGGGCGGAUCUCCCCGGGCUCAAGAAGGAGGAGGUCAAGGUGGAGAUCGAGGAGGAUCGGGUGCUCCAGAUCAGCGGCGAGCGGAACAUGGAGAAGGAGGACAAGAACGACACCUGGCACCGGAUGGAGAGGAGCAGCGGCAAGUUCAUGAGGAGGUUCAGGCUGCCGGAGAACGCGAGGAUGGAUCAGGUGAAGGCCUCGAUGGAGAACGGGGUGCUGACUGUCACUGUUCCCAAGGUGGAGGAGAAGAAGCCCGAGGUCAAGGCCAUCGAGAUCUCCGGUUGAGAGGUGGUGAAUCUACGGUCGGCGCUGCGACCUGUGUAUACAUAUGCAUAUAGAGUGCCUGUGUGUGCCGUCUGCUGUGUGGCUUUUGCGUGUCCUGAGUUGGGAGUCGCGGUCUAUGGCGAUGUCUGAUAUGGCAAUGUUAAAUAACUACAGUGACUCUCUACUUGUAAUGAGAUCUGAGAUAUGAUGUAAUAUAUAGUAACUUCUACUUUUUGUGA